AUGUCAAGUGGCGAUGAAGACCAGGAGGUUGGAAGUGACAUGGCAGUCGACGACUGGGACUCCGGAUCCCUUGUUCCGCCAUCGCGAUUUGCUCCUCUUCUUCCCCAUCCUGCUUUGGCCCCGUUCAAUUCUCACGCUCUUCAUGGCGACCUCAUUCGCAAUCCCGCCAUGAAUGACAGACACACCUUUGUAUCCGCCAAUGAAGCCGGCUCAGACGUUACUGCGAUAGGCACUCCGCUGGCUCUUCGGGAUAACCAGCACGUUCAUCAUACCUUCCCUGAGAUGUCACCCACCUGCCUUUUAGCGGCAGUAUCAACGACACCAGUAGCUGAAGGCAUGACCCCAAGAGACGACUUGGUAUUGAGCCCAAAUCUGUUAUCGCGAGAUGAAGGGGUACCACCGUCGUCGUAUCUCAAAAGCAGCACGCCGGAUGCCUCUGACAAGUUUGUGCUGGAAUCUCAACACAUCGGACACGCGCGGAAUACUUCCAACGGUAGAGUUACUAAAGAUCCAACGCCAACGAGGGUGACAGUAGUUGUUGGUUCAGCCUCCCGGAAGCCGUACAGCAUUGAGGGAAACGAUACGGCCAUGGUAAGGGAUGAGUGGAAGGAGGAAACUAGCGGCAGGAGCUCAGAGGAGGACGACCCAACGCCCGGCGACUGUCUAGUAACUUACCAGACGGGGUGGGACGGCGAGAGUAAUGAGGGCGAUCACGACUCUGCCUCAGUCAACGAUCCCAUCAAUCAGGAGUGGCGCAGUGACAGUGGCAGCGACGGUGCUGUUGACGACAGCAGGAAAUCGUGGGGCAGCGAGAGUGUGGAGGGUGAUCACAACCCUUCCUCGGUCAACGAUCCCAUCAAUCAGGAGUGGCGCAGUGACAGUGGCAGUGAGGGCGAGGAAGAGGUGAAGGUGGAACAGGAGAUGGAUCAGGACGACCCAUUGUCUACCAUCGCUGCCGUAGUCGCCGAGGAUGGGUGGAACGAGGAGAGCGACGAAGGGAGCUCCGAGGAGGAGGAUCGCAUGCUUGGCGACGGUGCUGCUGACGACAGCAGGAAAUCGUGGGGCAGCGAGAGUGUGGAGGGCGAUAACAAGCCACCUUCCAACCAUGACCCCGUCCACAGGGAGUGGCGUGAUGACAGUGGCAGUGAGGGCGAGGAAGAGGUGAAGGUGGAACAGGAGAUGGAUCAGGACGACCCAAUGUCCAGCACUGCCAGUGUUGCGGCGGGGGAUCGGUGGAACGAGGAGAGCGACGAAGGGAGCUCCGAGGAGGAGGAUCGCAUGCUUGGCGACGAUGCUGCUGACGACAGCAGGAAAUCGUGGGGCAGCGAGAGUGUGGAGGGCGAUAACAAGCCACCUUCCAACCAUGACCCCGUCCACAGGGAGUGGCGUGAUGACAGUGGCAGUGAGGGCGAGGAAGAGGUGAAGGUGGAACAGGAGAUGGAUCAGGACGACCCAAUGUCCAGCACUGCCAGUGUUGCGGCGGGGGAUCGGUGGAACGAGGAGAGCGACGAAGGGAGCUCCGAGGAGGAGGAUCGCAUGCUUGGCGACGAUGCUGCUGACGACAGCAAGAAAUCGUGGGGCAGCGAGAGUGUGGAGGGCGAUCACAACCCUUCCUCGGCCAACGAUCCCAUCAAUCAGGAGUGGCGUGGUGACAGUGGCAGUGAGGGCGAGGAAGAGGUGAAGGUGGAACAAGUGAUGGAUCAGGACGACCCAAUGUCUACCAUCGCUGCUGUAGUUGUAGUCGCCGAGGAUGGGUGGAACGAGGAGGAUCGCGAGAGGAUCGCGCGGCAGGGCGAUCCCGUGCUCGGAGACGGUGGCGUUGCGGAGGUGGAGGAGGGAGAGCAAGUGGGACAGGACGAUCCAAUGUCCACCAUUGCUGCUAUCAUCGCCGAGGAGGAUCACGACGCCGUUACGACGGUGGAAGAAGCGGAGCAGGGAACCCAUGAGGAGCAAGACCCCCCAAUGUCCAGCAUCGCCAGUGGCAGUGAGGGCGAGGAAGCGGUGAAGGUGGAGAAGGAGAUGGAUCAGGACGACCCAAUGUCCAGCACUGCCAGUGUUGCGGCGGGGGAUCGGUGGAACGAGGAGAAGAACGACGAAGGGAGCUCCGAGGAGGAGGAUCGCAUGCUCAGCGACGGUGCUGCUGACGACAGCAAGAAAUCGUGGGGCAGCGAGAGUGUGGAGGGCGAUGACAAGCCACCUUCCAACCAUGACCCCGUCCACGGGGAGUGGCGUGAUGAUAGUCAUGGGGAGGAUGACAAGGGCGACGUAGGCGAGCUAGUGUCCCCAUAUUAUGAUCACCCCGCGCGGGUCAACAACAGCGAAAUAGAAUGGCAAGCCCAGUCGCAGGCUAUGCCUACCAUCGACAUGCUUAUGGGGUACGGACAGGACAAUGGGCUGGAAUCAUUUGCUGACGACGAACGGGACACUGUCAGUGAAGUUGGCUCCCUCGGAUUCGGUGUGACUAAACCGCUCGCGAUCCAGGCUCACUCCUCCAUCAGUUCCUCCGUCCGCCGCCGUUCUCAGCUAUACACUAACCCCCAGGAGCAAAAUGACGACAUGAAUAACCCUCCUGCUCCUAACUUCGACAGGUCACCUAGUCGUCCAAUCCUCGUUGAACAAAGUCACGCAAGGGUUCUUCUUUGGAGAAAUGAUGUACCCCCACGCAUUGAAACAUCUUCUGUCCUCGGGAGAGACAGGAGUGUCGGUACCAUCGGGAAUGAUGGAGGUGGAGCAAUUGGACACCGUUACAACAACCCUGAGCCUACGCCGUCUGCACUAAAUCGAGCUUCUACGCCCCUCUUCCUCAACAGUCCUUCCGAAUGUCACAGCUAUCAAAUAUCUACGAUAUCUACAACCCGUCGCAACACUUCCCGAAUUCCAUCACCUUGGGACCAUCGUAGCCCAGAGCCUUCUGCACAUGGACCAGCCGGCUUUCAGAACGCCCGUAGUCCGUCACCUUGGGACCAUCGUAGCCCAAAGCCUUCUGCACAUGGACCAGCCGGCUUUCAGAACGCCCGUAGUCCGUCACCUUGGGACCAUCGUAGCCCAAAGCCUUCUGCACAUGGACCAGCCGGCUUUCAGAACGCCCGUAGUCCGUCACCUUGGGACCAUCGUAGCCCAAAGCCUUCUGCACAUGGACCAGCCGGCUUUCAGAACGCCCGAAGUCCGUCACCUUGGGACCAUCGUAGCCCAGAGCCUUCUGCACAUGGACCAGCUGGCUUUCAGAACGCCCGUAGUCCGUCACCUUGGGACCAUCGUAGCCCAAAGCCUUCUGCACAUGGACCAGCCGGCUUUCAGAACGCCCGUAGUCCGUCACCUUGGGACCAUCGUAGCCCAAAGCCUUCUGCACAUGGACCAGCCGGCUUUCAGAACGCCCGUAGUCCGUCACCUUGGGACCAUCGUAGCCCAGAGCCUUCUGCACAUGGACCAGCCGGCUUUCAGAACGCCCGAAGUCCGUCACCUUGGGAUCAUCGUAGUCACCCCGAACCGUCCCUAGCACCUUGGGGGACGUCCAGAGCUCAGAGUCGUGAACACACUUCUCACAGCGAUCAGUCGCCUUUCGACAAUGGAUUUGAUCGGGGCUUCUGGGGACACCAUCCUACCCCAGGCUCCUUCUCUGAGGAUAAUGCCCACGCGACUUCCAUGCAUGGCGACACUGAGAGUGACGGUGGCAAUGAAAAGCCUUAUCCUAACAACGGGAAACAUCCCAAGCGUGACAAGAGUCAACGUCCCUAUCCCGGCGAAGAGGAACGUCAGAAGCAUGGCAAGCAUCACCGUCGACGUCGGAAACACUGUGUCCACUGUGCUCCUCCCAAUACCGACGACGGAAUGUCUGACUCAGACGAAGCUUCCGGACCUCCUCAGCGCACUUACAAUGUCCGACAUCUUGACCCAAAAGGUCUUGUAUUGAAGUCCGAAAUCAGAAUCCACUGCGAUCGUACCUUAAUGGAGCGUAGUCUGAAAAUAGCCACUGAGGACAUGAUUCGCAGCUUCACGCUCAAGCCGUAUGGCCCGAUUCGUCCCACAGUCGCCAAUUUCGCAAUGGACGCUCGCCCUCAGAAGGGCAUAACUACUGCUUGGAACAAACGCCUCAUCGAGGUGUUCGUGCAAGACUUCAUGGAACAACCCCAGUACACUUGUAAGGACCCUGCAAAGAUCGAACACCAUUUCAAGCAGCAUCUGUACCAACUCAAGCAACGCGCGGCAAAGCUUCCGACGCCCGAAGCUGCCAAAGCCAAGAGUCGCGAAAACAGGCGGCGCGCACUACGAGAGCGUCGCGUCAAGGCGUGUAGGAACUACUCUCGACAAGAUCCCACCCUGCAUCGUUUUCUCGAUUUGUUGGGUAGGCUACCCUAUUAUGCCAUGAGUGGAGAUGAGACGGACGCCGAUGCUAGCACAUCAAUCGGGAUUGGGAAGACUAUCGAUGGGUAUUCAAUAACCAAUCUACCUUGGCGCUCUUCAGACCCAGAAGUAACCCAUUGGUUCCGGACAUUCGAUCUACUUCACCUCUCUACACGAUACAUGAUGACCGGCAACCCGACACCCGGCGAAUGGCCACGAGUAAGACUGCCGUCAUCACGUAUCGAAAAACACAAGGCAGAGCCACCUCUUGGGCUUCCAGAGAACUUCUACGGCUCAGCUUUUCUUCAAAGCCUCCAUCCAAUGGAAAGACAGCGCCUGAAGGUCCAAACAUCCAUGGACCUCUCUUUUUCUAGAGAAAUUGAAACGUGA